AUGACUCCGCUGUGUUCAGGGGUGUUUCGGGAGCUGUUCCUGGUAUCAGCAGCUGUUCACUCAGUGCUGGGACUGUUUACAUCCAGCAUCAAACAAAGUGAAGUUCAAACAACAGAGAAGAGGACGGAGCGUUUUGCUACUAUCAGGAACAUUGGCAUCAAACUCUGCCAAGUACCCGCUGGUCCCUGCACAAUCAUGUCUUGCAGUCUCGGUUCUAGGUGUAUAGAGAGUCGAUCUGGAAAAGCUGUCUGUAUAAAAGAUAUGAAGAAGUUUUAUCCUUCGAGAUCUCAACAGCAGAAACGAGAUCAGAAGAGAAAAUCUGUAGACAACAUACUCCAUGAAGCCUGCAGGGAGGGUGACCUUAGCCGAGUGCAAGGUCAUGUUGACAUCAACGGACAGUACGGGAGGACAUCAGUGAUGUUGGCAGCACGUCGGGGACAUAGAGACGUGUUUGCCGUAGUCAUGAGGAAAGGAGGCAAUGCUUCACUUGUUGAUAUAGAUGGUGAUAACAUCCUACAUUUGGCCUGCCUUGGGGGAAACGUGAUGCUAGUGAAGUACAUCCUCACUCAGAACAUUGCGGACAUCAACUGUAGAGGAUUCUACGGGAGGACACCAUUGAUGUUUGCAGCAACUGAGGGACAUAGAGACGUGUUUGACUUAGUCAUGAGGAAAGGAGGCAAUGCUUCACUUGUGGAUAUAAAUGGUGACAACAUCCUACAUUUGGCCUGCCUUGGAGGAAAUGUGGAGAUGAUAAAGUACAUCCUCUUUCAGAACAUUUCGGACAUCAACUGUAGAGGAUUAAACGGGAGGAAACCAUUGAUGUUUGCAGCAACUGAGGGACAUAGAGACGUGUUUGACUUAGUCAAGAGGAAAGGAGGCAAUGCUUCAGUCGUGGAUAUAAAUGGUGAAAACAUCCUACAUUCGGCAUGUCUUGGAGGAAAUGUGGAGAUGGUAAAGUACAUCCUCUCUCAGAACAUUUCGGACAUCAACUGUAAAAGAGUAGAUGGGAGGACACCGUUGUUGGUGGCCGCAGCUGAAGGACAUAAAGACGUGUUUGACUUGCUUGUUAGUAAAGGAGGUGAUGUGUCUGCAGUUGAUGGUGAUGGUUCCACGAUCCUGCACGUGGCCUGUUUCUGUGGCCAAGUGGAAAUGGUGAAGCAUAUUCUUUCUCAGGAUAUUGUGGAUAUUCACGCCAAGGACAAGUAUGGGGACAUAGCAGUGAUGAUAGCAACACGAAGAAAACACAUAAAAGUGUAUGACCUCAUUAUUUCACAGGGCUGA